UUGCUGCACCAGUCCUGGAACAUCCACGCGUCCGCACAUGUUCCCGAUGCGUGACCCACCCGAUUACCCCGAUGCGUGACCCACCCGAUUACCAUCCAAAGGCGCAACGAAGCCGCUGAUCUCCAAGGAAACGUUAACCGGAGAAAGACGGCGGGCGGAGGGGAACGAGGGAACGCAGUUAAGAGAGGUGGAGAGUACCCCACCCUACUGUGUCGGUGCUCCCAUCGGAUGCGUCACCAGUUUAUUUAAGAGCAAGAAGGUCCCAUACAUAAGCGCAAGAGGGUCCGUCGUCCUCCUGGAUACCGGUAGGUGGGAAGAGGUGUUGCUUGGCGGAGAUGAGGUAUCUUAUAGAGGUGGAGAAGGGAAGGGAGGCCGCCGACGGCCGGCCCUCCGUUGGCUCUACCUACCGGAGCGUCUUUGCCAAGGACGGCUUCCCGCCGCCCGUUCCCGGCCUCGACUGUUGCUGGGAUGUCUUCCGUAUGAGUGUCGAGAGGUUCCCUGACAACCCAAUGCUCGGCCGUCGUGAAAUUGUUGAUGGGAAGCCCGGUAAAUAUGUCUGGAUGACCUACAAAGAAGUAUAUGACAUCGUGACGAAAGUAGGGGCUUCGAUACGGAGUCUUGGAGUUGAGCAGGGUGGCCGUUGUGGUAUCUAUGGUUCUAACUGUCCUGAGUGGGUCAUCAGUAUGGAGGCUUGCAAUGCUCAUGGGAUCUAUUGUGUUCCCUUAUAUGAUACUCUUGGUGCUGGAGCAGUAGAAUUCAUUUUAUGUCAUGCAGAGGUUCGGAUUGCUUUUGCAGAAGAGAAAAAGAUUGGAGAGGUGUUGAAAACCCUUCCUCGUUCAUCAAAAUUCUUAAAAACAAUUGUGAGUUUUGGCAAGGUUACCCCUGAACAAAGAGAUGAGGUUGAAAAGUCUGGUUUGGCUAUAUAUUCGUGGGAUGAAUUUUUGCUCUUGGGAAGUAAUAAAAAAUAUGAUAUUCCAACGAAGAAGAAAACUGAUAUAUGUACUAUAAUGUACACCAGUGGAACAACUGGUGAUCCUAAGGGUGUGAUGAUUUCGAAUGAUAGCAUUGUGACUCUUAUUGCUGGUGUUGAUAGGCUGCUUUAUAGUGUGAAUGAACAGUUGCAUGAACGUGAUGUUUAUUUAUCUUAUCUACCCCUUGCACAUAUCUUUGACCGAGUGAUUGAAGAGUUGUUCAUCUUCCAUGGGGCCUCAAUUGGAUUUUGGCGUGGGGAUGCCAAACUGUUAGUUGAAGACAUUGGGGUAUUAAAGCCAACUAUCUUCUGUGCUGUUCCACGAGUCUUGGAUCGCAUUUAUUCAGGACUACAAGCGAAGAUUUCUGCAGGAGGUUUCCUGAAGAGCAUGUUAUUUAAUCUUGCUUACAAAUACAAAUUUUAUAACAUGACGAAAGGAAGUAAGCAUGAGGAGGCAGCUGCAAUUUUUGAUAAAAUAGUUUUUAAUAAGGUAAAAGAUGGACUUGGCGGGAGAGUACGGCUUAUUUUAUCUGGAGCAGCUCCUCUAGCUAUCCAUGUGGAAGAAUUUUUAAGGGUGGUGACAUGUGCCCAUGUUCUACAAGGCUAUGAAAAAAAAAGCAAAAAAGCAAAAAGUAUGUUUGGUAACUAGUAUGUUUAGUUCCUCUCAUGCCCGCCAUUCUUACAAGCCAAUUCAUGAACCCAACGACCCAAGCUCGAGCUCCCAAGUUUGGUGCAGCCUAUCAACAGUGCCACCAUUGUGAACUCAUUCGGCCUCGCGCCGUCCUCCAACAUCCGUUGGAAUAGCUCAAAUGCCUCAUUCGGUCGCCUGUUCCUCGUGCAUCCAUCGAUCAUGGCCA